UCUGCUGCGCCUCACGCGGACUCCACACACGGAUUCUGGCUGCAGUUCGGACGGUCCAUGUAGACUCAGUGACACCUCCUCCAGAACCGUGCUGGAGCUGCAGGGAAACCGGACCGAGCCACAGGUGUGCAGGAACUGAUCUGUGUCGCUAAAUGAGGCUCGUGCGCGUGCAGCUCUGCUGCUGCUGAGGCGGGAAGCGCACCGAGAACCGAGCGGCUGUCACGGAGGAGAGGAGGUCGGAACUGGCUCAGCGGAGAGGUGAAAGGUGUUGGUAGAUCUCCAUACUCCAGAACCCUGUGGAAGCCCAGCAGGAGGCCUGAUGGAGACUCUGAAGACUGCCCGUGUCAGGCUAAGGAACAUGAGGACAUGUGCUGUGUUUCUGGCAGCUUUCCUGUUUCACAACAUCCAAGCAGCAUGUCCGGACAAGGAGCCGGGACUUCGGCCAUGGAUGCCUGGACACAGUGAGCAUCACCGUGUUACCAUUGGUUAUGGCCAGAAGGUCCUCCUCACAACUUCAGCAACAGUUCACUCCAUAGAGAUCCAUAAUGGAGGAAAGCUGGUGAUUGCUGACACUAACCGGCCCAUUCUGCUCCGUACCAAACACAUCCUGAUUGGAAACAAAGGGGAGCUGCACAUCGGAAGUUCAGACUGUCCGUACAAGGGAAACCUCACCAUCUCUCUGUUUGGAAGACUGGAUGACAGCGAUAAAGACCAUAGCUACUUUGGGAGGAAGUACAUUGGUGUGGGAACAGGCGGGAAGCUGGAGAUUCAUGGACAGAAGAAACUGUCCUGGACUUUCCUCAACAAGACUCUCCAUCCUGGAGAGAACAACCAGAACAACUACCUGUUCCAGAGGAGCUGGGGGAACCGGGGCAUCAUCGUCCAUGUGAUCCAGCCCGACACUGGGGAGGUUUUGCACGCCAACAGGUUCGACACCUACCGCAGUCAGAACGAGAGCCGGCGCCUCGCUGACUACGUGGACGGCGUGGAGGCGGGGCUUAUCUUGGCCAUGGUGGUCAACGAUGAAGGCUCCAACAACCUGGAGGACACUGCCAAGAAAAGCCUGUCCAAACUUGGCAGCAUCCACAUCAACAGGCUGGGCUUCAGACAUCCAUGGACCUUCGUAGUGAAGAAAGGUGAUUCUUCUUCAGUGGUGGAGGAUCACACUGCUUAUCAAGGAACUAAGGCCUCAUCCAAGGCUCAGAGUUCUGGUGUCUUUCAGUCCCGUUCUGGAGAUCUUUUCACCGUCACCGCCAGCAGUCAGUGGGUCCAAGAGGCUGACUGGUCUGACUGGUUUGACAGGGAUGAUGAAAGAGGAUCAGGAGACUGGGAGAAGCUCUCCGACCUGCAUAAAGCCUAUCCCGACCGGAUCUGCAGCAGUCCGUUGGACAUUCAGGCUGAGACACUUGACGGUAUCCCGUCCACCCAGACAGGAGAUGUGAUCUACAGGAAAGACAAAGACUACGGGUUUGUCUGCCUCAACAAGGACCAGACUCACGGCUUCUGUCACAAUUACAGAGUCCGUUUCCUCUGUGGAAAACUGGUCCAUCCACAGGCCUCCAUCUCUGUCCGUAUGUUGGUGAACAACAGCAUCCUGGAGCUGGCUGACCCACCAAUGGGCUGGCGGUCUGGUGACCAAGUGGUUGUGGCCAGCACAGACUUCUCCAUGCACCAAGCUGAAGAGUUCACCUUGCUGCCCUGCCCUACCUGUACGUCUAACCAGGUGAAGGUCAAAGGUAAGGCCCAGUUCAUCCACAUGGGUGAGGAGGUGGAUGGUGUGGAUAUGAGGGCCGAGGUGGGCCUGCUGACCCGGAAUAUUUUGCUUCGAGGUGAGACUGAACCCGGAUGUUACGAACACGAGGCUUGCAAGUUCUUCAGCUUCGACACCUUUGGAGGACAUUUAAAGGUGGAGCGGGGCUUCAGGGCAGUUCAUAUAUCCGGUGUGGAGCUGCAGCACAUGGGCCAGCAAACAAUGGGUCAUUACCCAGUCCAUUUCCACAUGAACGGAGACGUGGAUGAGAGGGGGGGUUACAGCCCCCCAACAUCCAUCAGUGAUCUUUCCAUCCACCACUCCUUCUCCCGCUGUGUAACCAUCCACGGAACCAACGGACUGCUGGUGAAGGAUGUGGUGGGCUAUGACACUCUAGGCCACUGUUUCUUCACAGAGGAUGGUCCAGAGGAGAGGAACACGUUUGACCACUGUUUGGGUCUGAUGGUGAGAGCAGGAACACUGCUUCCCUCAGACAGAGACACUGUAAUGUGCCGCAAUAUCACUGAUGGAGCAUAUCCCGGAUACGUGGCCAACCCACGUCAAGACUGCAGUGCAACUUCAACUUUCUGGAUCGCCAACCCCAAUAACAACCUCAUCAACUGUGCUGCUGCAGGCUCAGAGGAAACUGGUUUCUGGUUUAUUUUCCACCAUGUACCCACUGGCCCAUCAGAGGGCCUUUACUCUCCUGGACGGACCGAGCACACACCGUUGGGACAGUUUUCCAACAACAGAGCUCAUUCCAACUACAGGGCCGGAAUGAUCCUGGAUAACGGAGUAAAGACUACUCAGGCCAACGACAAGGACAAGAGGCCCUUCCUGUCUCUUGUUGGCGCCCGAUACGGUCCACACCAGGAUGCAGACCCUUUGAAACCCAGAGUUCCUGCGCUUAUCCAUCACUUUGUGGCCUACAAGAACCAGGACCACGGAGCCUGGCUGAGAGGAGGAGAUGUGUGGCUGGAUGACUGCCAAUUUGCUGAUAAUGGCAUUGGCCUCACUCUUGCAAGUGGAGGAACCUUUCCAGAUGAUGACGGUUCUCACCAGCAGGUGAAGAACUCUCUGUUUGUGGGUGAAAGUGACAAUCGUGGGAUGCCCCUUCCAGACAACCGAAUCUGGGGUCUGGGAGGUUCGGACCCGUCAAGCAGGACUCUGCCACGCGGCCUCGAUUAUCCAAUCCGAGGCAUGCAGAUCUAUGAUGGACCAAUCAAUGUGCAGAACUGUACGUUUAGGAAGUACACAGCGCUGGACGGACGCCACACCAGCGCCUUUGGCUUCAGGCUCAACAACUCGUGGCAGGUCUGCCCGAACAACAACGUCACCGACAUCACCUUCGACCACGUUCCCAUAACAUCUCGGGUGUUUUUUGGGGAACCCGGUCCCUGGUUCAAUAAAAUGCAAAUGGAUGGGGACAAGACGACCAUCUUCCAUGACGUGGAUGGCUCAGUCAGUGAGUAUCCCGGUGCGUUCCUGGUUAAAGAGGACAACUGGCUGCUCCGCAAUCCCGACUGCAUUGAUGUUCCCGACUGGAAAGCCGCUAUCUGCAGUGGUCACUACGCACAGAUCUACAUCCAGACACGAAACCCGGCCAGCCUGAACAUGCAUAUGGUGAAGGACGAGUACCCUGACCGACCUUUAACACUAGAGGGCGCUCUGGGGAAGAAGAAGCACUACCAGCAGUUCCAGCCUGUCGUCACACUGGCCAAAGGUUACUCGAUCCACUGGGAUCAGGUGGCACCUGCAGAGGUCACCAUCUGGAUCAUCAACUUCAACAGAAAUGACUGGAUCAGUUUGGGCCUCUGCUACCCUCACGGCACCAACUUCACCGUCAUCUCUGACCUCCACAACCGCCUCACCAAGCAGACCCACAAGACCGGCGUCUUCAUGAGGACCACUCAGAGGGAGAAGCUCAAACACUCACGCCUGGCCAGAGGAUACUACUACUGGGAGGAGGAAACCGGCCUCCUCUUCCUGAAAGUAACGGCCCAUCAUGACAGGGAUCCAUUCGCCUUCUGCUCUGUCAAAGGUUGUGAGAGGGUGAAGAUCACAGCCGUCAUCCCAGCCGGAAGUCCACCCAGCAACUGUCUGCUGCAGACCUACCCCAGACACGCCCAGCUGCCUGUGGUGGACGUUCCCAUGCCAAGAAAGAUUCCCAGCGUCAGACUGAACUCACAAGAACAUUUCCUGGAGGUCCGAUUGGAGUCCUACAAUACUCGCUUCUUCCACAUUAAGGAGGACUUUGCCUUCACAGAGGUGAACGGCAGAAAGCUAUACCAGUCAGAAGAUGGGGUGCAGCUGACGGUGAUUGAUGGGAAUGAUGGGAAAUUUUUAGAGAGCAAAGUCUUCAGGAACGCCAUCCUCCAGGGAAUCCCUGCACAGUUAGAGAGCUACGUCAGAGGACUGAGAGACGGCUCCAUCGUUCUCAUCACGUCUAAAGGCCGACUGGUCACCAGAGGAUCCUGGACCAGAGUCCUGGAGAGUCUUGGUGCAAACAGGAACAUCAAACUCAGAGAUAAGCUGGCUUUUGUGGGCUUCAAGGGCCCGUUCCACCCUGACUGGAUCAAUCUGGAAGUCAGCAGCGACCGAGCCAAGAUCCAUCAGGUCCUGCCCAUCCCUGUCGUCCACAAGAUGAAGCUAUGAAAGGCAGCAGAACAGAAGGGAUACUACCUAACCAGACUGACACAUACCAAACAACACACACAUGCACACUGCCAGCAGAACCAGAACCAAGCUGCUCUAAGCUAUUGGUCCAGAACUGAAGGAACCCAAUCUGGCGGUGGUGGGUUCAGAAGAAGCUAUUAGCGUUUGGAAGAUGGGUCUGAUUAUUAUCUGACAUUUUAAUGUUCAAGUAGAUUAUUAGCUAAAGUUGACUUUAAUGUGAUCAUGUGACUGCUGUGAUGUGAUGUCAUCAACCCAAGUCAGCCUUCCACACCGAGCAGGUCCUCCAACACAUGUCAACAGUGAUGAAGAUCAGUCACUAUAACCCAUCAUCCCAUCCUAUUCAUGACAUACCAUCAGAUCACAUCUAUUCCCAUCACACCGUGUCCCAUCCCAUCACAUCCUAUCACAUCACAUCCCAUAAUCUCCCAUCACAUCCCAUCCUAUUACAUCACAUUCCAUAAUCUCCCAUCACAUUCCAUAAAAUCCCAUCCCUUCCCAUCCCAUUACGUCCCAUUCCAUCAGACAGCCAGCUGUGUCUCCGAAUACAAAUAAAAAAAUCAAAUAUUCUUCAGUUUUAUAAGAAGAGGAAAGAGCAGAAUAUAUUUGUGUAGUUUUUUUUAAAUAAAUCAGAACAUUCUGGACACCAUGUAAACAUAUAUGAACAACCUCAUAGCUUCUAAUGAGUUCACCUCAUUCCUGGUGAGUCAGUUAACAGCUGAUUUUCGGAAAUGUCUGACUGACCAGCUGUUUUUUUCUCUCUCUUCUAGGUUUUAUUUGGUCAAAAACACAGUGCAGCUUUACCAAAACAUGUCAGUGAAUUUUUGGUUGAGUUUAUGCAAUAACAUCGCUGGGUUAGUGUUAGAAAACCAUCAUGUUAGGAGCUCGGUCACGAAGAGCUUAAUAUGGGGGAAGAAUUUUGAAUUGAUGUUGAUUUACUCUGUGACAUCUUGACAUGAGCAUCUUUUGAUAACCAGCUCGUGUUUUACUCACUCACAUGUUCACAGUGACAGAUGUGUUGGUGCAGCUCGCAGAGAGUUAAGAAAACCCAGACAAAUACCUGUUCAGACGUCUGAACGGGAGUUCAGAUCCUUAAGCGGCGCAAACACACAAAAACAUGUGUGCAUGUUUUACAACACACACACAGGAAAAACAUGCACUUUUCACACUUUCUUCAGAGUAACAAGAAAACAACAAAAUUCCAUCAGCUGUUCAUUAGAGGUUUGCUAGCUUUUCAUCAGCUGUUCAUCAGCUGUUUGCUUGCUUUGUAUCAGCUGAAUGUCAGCUGUUCGUUACCGGUUCAUUAGCUGUUCGUCAGCUGUUCAUUAGACUAAUCGGCAUCUGUUCAUUUGCGGAUUGCCAGCUGAUCAUCAGUUGUUCAGCUGUUGUCCUUCAUCUGUUUGUUAGCUAUUCAGGCUCACUGUAAACUGUUCAUUAGCUUUUCAUCUGCUGAUUGUCCUGUUGGAAGAUCUGAGCCUUUCAGAAGAGAACCAGGAUUCAGAGACUUUUUCAUGUGCUGGUUCAGGUCUCCAUCGUAGGAUCCUUUAAAGCAGGAGGAGGAAACUUACCAUUUCUGGUUAUUUGUGUUAUAAACACAGUUUAGUUGGAAGUGUUCAUGGAUAAGAUAGAGACCAUGUUCAUAGAUUAAUAAAAAUAAAACACAACACAUACAGCUUUGGAAAUGUGGAAGAGAGCGUGUUAACAGUUUUUUGUCUGUAGUUUCAUCAUCUGGAUCUUAUUGUCUGCAGCCAUGAACACGAGGAAGAAGACGUCAAGCAGUCCAGAACUUUUAAAGCAGAUACAUUUUUUAUUAGGUCCAAUAUUAUCAAAUCAAAUAUUCAUUCAUCCUUUCUAAACCUCUGGAAGUGUUGGUCCUUUCUGACUCAUAACGAUCAAAAUCUGUUAAAUAGAUGUAUGAGAGUAUGAAAAUGUGGAGACGAUUGAUUCAUGAUCAGAUUUAGGACUGAACCCUAUCAUGAUGAUUUACUUGGCUGUGUUGGAAGCUGUGCUCGUGUAGAUCUCCAUGCUGUUGAUGAUCCAGUGAACACAGCUCAGAGAGAAUGGUCUGAACUGUUUCUGAUCCUUCCGUUCAGUUCAGGAACAAACCAAACCGAUGUCAGAUUUUCCGCUGACUGCGCUCUUUAAAUGUUAGAGUUUCCAGGUGAACUUUGUCCUGGUCUGCAGAUGAUUGACAGCCUCUGCCGAAACAGCUGGUCUUUUUUCAGAGGUUGUGAUGUUUGGUUGAUAAAAACCCUCAAAGUGAUGAUAUGUAUUUUAUACUUUAUUUAUUGCCCACAGAGUAACACACUCCAUUACAGCUUCAUACAGUUAAACCAUCUGUAUCACUCACACACCUUGUGGGCUCGUGUUAAGUGUAUAAAGAAGCUGUUGUAUAUUUCACUUCUGCCUGUAAAGUGAUUACUUUAAAUUUCUUUAAGACGUUUUGUACAGAAAUAAAAAGUGUUGAAGAGUC